AUGAAUACCGGAAUCCAUCCUAAUUUUCCACAACAAUAUAUGAUGCCACCCAACUUUGGCAUGCAAUACCUGUAUAACCAUCCUUAUAUGUCUUAUGGCUAUCCACCUAUCUCUGUAAAUAACUUUCAUGUCGCUCAUACCAACUAUCCAAACAGUGAACAACCAAAUGAUCUAAACACACUCCGUUUCAGUAGUGGUUCAACUAAUAUUCCUACACAAAUAUCUUUAGGGGAUGUUGAUGGAAAUACCCUAACCACUUUUUUUUCUCCAACCCAACAAUCAACCCGAAAAUCAUACAAUCCUUGGAGCACGGAGGACAACAAAGCUUUACUAAAUGGUUAUUUCUAUUUUAGUAAUGAUAGUGAAUUGGGGAGGAACCAAAAGGGCGACACUUUCUGGGAAUGCAGAACUAAGUAUAGUGGUUGGUCCGAUGAUAACUACGUGGAAAAGGCUUUAGAGUAUUACCGCGAUAAUGAAAAGCAAAGGUUUUCCAUGUUGGAAGAGUGGAAGAUGUGGAUCAAAGAGAAAAUUGGAGGUGAUGAAGUUAAAUCCUCAGCUCCAUCCAUCGUACGUCCAGAAGGUAGGGACACAACAAAGAAGAAAGCUAGAAAAGCAUCAACUUCGAGAAAAUCAAAGGCUAAAAUUGAUGAGAAGUUAUCUAAUGUAGCUUCUACUCUUGAAAACUUUAAAGAAAGGAGGGCUAGUACUGCUUUGGCUAUGUUGGAAUAUGCUCGUGUUAAGAAGAUGGAGAUGUUGAUGUCCUUGAAGAUUAAAGAAGAGCGUGAUGUUGUGGACGAGAAUACUUAUCAGAUGUUACUGAGGGAAUUGUUCCCAAACUAA